UGACGUAUCCCCGGCGUCCCGCACUGAGUUGACUGAAGCGAGCAUGUGGGUCUGCUGCGCGCUGCGCUGGUCGCGAACCGCGGCCCGGCUGCGGCCGGGGCUGCUGCUCUCUGCGGGCCGCUGCUCGCCUGCGGCCGCCUCCUACUCUGCUUCUGCCGAGCCCUCCCAGGUCCAGGCGCUGGUCUACGAGCACCACGGGCACCCAACCAAGGCCAUCGAACUGAAGAACCUGGAGCUAACUGCUGUGGGCGGAUCAGAUGUCCAUGUGAAGAUGCUGGCGGCCCCUAUCAAUCCAUCUGACAUAAAUAUGAUCCAAGGGAAUUAUGGCUUCCUUCCCAAGCUACCUGCCAUUGGAGGAAACGAAGGCGUUGGACAGGUGGUCGCAGUGGGCAGCAGUGUGACUAGGGUGAAGCCAGGAGACUGGGUGAUUCUAGCACAUGCCGGUUUGGGAACCUGGCGGACCGAGGCUGUGUUCAGCGAGGAAGCACUGAUCAGAGUUCCGAGUGACAUCCCUCUUCAAACUGCUGCCACCCUGAGUGUCAAUCCCUGCACAGCCUACAGGAUGUUGAUGGACUUUGAGCAGCUGCAGCCAGGGGAUUCUGUCAUCCAGAAUGCAUCCAACAGUGGAGUAGGGCAAGCAGUCAUCCAGAUCGCCGCAGCCCUGGGCCUGAGGACCAUCAAUGUGGUCCGAGACAGACCUGACAUCCAUAGGCUGACUGACAGACUGAAGAAUCUAGGGGCUGAGUAUGUAAUCACAGAAGAAGAGCUAAGAAAACUUGAGCUGAAAAACUUCUUUAAGGAUGUGCCCCGGCCCCGGCUUGCUCUCAACUGCGUCGGUGGGAAAAGCUCCACCGAGCUGCUGCAGCGCUUGGCGCCCGGAGGAACCAUGGUGACCUACGGGGGCAUGGCCAAGCAGCCCGUCAUCGCUUCUGUGAGCGUGUUCAUUUUUAAAGAUGUCAAACUUCGGGGCUUUUGGCUAUCCCAGUGGAAGAAGGACCACAGUACAGACCAUUUUAAGGAGCUGAUCCUUACACUGUGCCACCUCGUCCACCAAGGCAAGCUCACAGCCCCCACCUGCUCCGAGGUCCCACUGCAGGACUACAACCAUGCCUUGGAAACCGCAAUGCAUCCCUUCACAUCGUCAAAGCAGAUUUUCAUCAUGUGAUAAUAAUCCCAGAGGAGCCAGAGCAAAGUGCGGGGCAGGGGGCAGAAGGGUGUGGGGGCGGGACGGGUCAGCAGGACACGUUUUGGCUCCUCAGUCAAGGCUCUUGACAUUCCCCAGGCUGCUCCUCUCCUCAAUGUCUGUUCCCACUAGAAGAGCUGUGAAGCCAACCAAGGCUUUCCCCAGGGUCAGCCUCGGGAUAUCUAAUAAAGUCUAAACUUCUUAAACACAACAGA